UCAAAGUGAUCGACAGCAAAGAUAAGAUGAGUGGUGACAAUGAUGAGCUCAAAUUAACCGAUGAUCAAAAUCAGAAAUCGCCAAUUAACACCGUUCAAGAGGAUAACCACAAAGAUAACAAGAAUGAUGUCAAAUUCACUUAUCAAGAAAACGGAAAACAAAUCAAGAUGAACCCUUAUUCUCCGCCAUUUAUACCGAAAUUAGACCCUUCACAAAUGGAGCCCUCGUACUCGGCAGAAGUGAAACCAAACUUAAAGGUCGAAAACGGACAGAACCAAGAGUCAAGUAGUCUAAAUGAAAGCGCGAUUAAAGAACUAAUUAAAUUGCAAGAAAAACAAACGGAACUUAGCGCCGCGAUUGCAAAGCAGCAACAAAUCAGUUCUUUGCCGGUACAGGAACCGCCUACUUUCAGCGGAAACUUUAUGGACUAUCCUGCUUUCAUACAAGCCUUCGAGACAAUCAUCGAGAGUAAAGUAGAAGCAAGUAGAGAUAGAUUAUUCUUCCUCAGCAAGUACACGACCGGAAAGGCUAAUGACGUGAUCAAAGGCUUCGUAGCGAUGAAUACAGGCGAUGGCUAUGAGCAAGCAAAGAAGUUGUUAGCUCAAAGAUUUGGAGAACCCUAUCAUGUCGCUGAAAGCUUCAAGUCUCGAUUACGCGCGUGGCCAAGGGUUCGCGAUGGAGACAGCGCGGGAAUUCAAGAACUUUCCGACUUCCUGAUCCGUUGCAGAGAGGCUAUGAAGUCUAUGCAGUAUAUGGGCGAGCUAAACUCAACAGAAACGCUCAUCCAAAUCAGCGCAAAACUUCCGUCUUAUUGUGGUGUCAAGUGGUGCCGCUACGCACGCGAUCGGAGAGAAAAGACAAAGGACGUCGUCUCUUUCAGUGACCUCGUGGAAUUUGUAAAGUUGGAGGCUGAAUUAGCAACUGAUCCCGUCUUCUCUCCCAACGCCUUAAAGCGAGAGCGAAAUAAGGAGUCAUGUGACACGAGUACUACGCCACGUGACAACAGAGGUCGCAACACAAGACGUUUUCCCUCAGCGAACAGCCUGGUAACUUCUACAAGGCCAGAGGCGAAUAAGAAUAAAUCAAAACGAUCGCAAGGACGCUGCCCUUCGUGCCAAGGAAAUCACUGCCUGGAUGAUUGCCCAGAGUUUAUGAAGCGAAGCCUACCAGAUCGCAUGGACUUCAUAAGGAAGAACGGCCUUUGCUUCGGUUGCCUUAACGGUGGACACCUCUCAAGGGCUUGUGCGACAAGACUGAAGUGUGGAGUGUGUGGAAAGUCCCAUCCUUCGUCCUUGCAUGACGAUUCAAGGAACAAAGAAGAAUCUCCGAAGAAGUAUGACGGUGGCAGCGAAGCCACAACCCCGGAAGCAGUCAGCAAUUGCUCCAACACCCCAGACGGCAACCUGACUAAUUCCAUGAUUCUCCCCGUGUGGCUUCAUCACAAGGACCGCCCACAGUCCGAAGUGUUGGUGUAUGCGCUCCUGGACAACGCUAGUGAUACUACGUUUGUUAAAUCCUCCGUAUUAAAGAAGCUCGGCGUUGAAGGUCCAGAGAUCAACCUGAAGCUUUACACAAUGCAUGGAAAGGCUGAGAUACCUGUCCAGAAAGUAAAUGGCUUAUUGGUCGAGAGAUACGACAAAAGAGUGCAAGUGGAGCUCCCAAAGGUGUACUCGCGUGAUGCAAUUCCCUCCAGGAGAAACCAGAUUCCUCGACCCGGGACAGCAAACAAGUGGCCACAUCUGCAAAGAAUUCAAGACAAGAUCCCACCUUAUCAAGAAAGGGUAGAAGUGGGCCUUCUCAUUGGCUGUAACUGCCCUCGAGCACUCAAGCCACGAGAGGUGAUAACAGGAAAGGCGGAUGAUCCAUACGCCAUCAGAACCCUGCUGGGAUGGGGAAUUAUCGGACCAGUUACGCCAGUUAAAGACACGCAAGAUGGAGUUGAAGAGAACGAAGUCACCUGUAACCGGAUUAUCACUCAAGAAGUUGGAGAUCCCGAAAGUCUUCACAGCAAGUUUGCAGUUAGUUCUCAAGCCAAGGAAAUCUUGAACCCCUUCCAAGUAAAGGAAAUGCUUGAACUAGACUUCUCUGAAAGAAACACGGACGGGCAAGCACUUUCCCAAGAAGAUCGGAGAUUUCUGAAGAUCGUCACUGAAGGCAUAUAUCAUCGAGAAGAUGGACAUUACGAAAUGCCCCUACCUCUAAAGGAUCGGAACUUGAGGUUGCCAAACAAUAGAGAGAUGGCUCUCCGUCGGCUAAAGAACCUAAAGAGAAGAUUGGCGUCCGAUAAGAAGUAUAGUAACGAUUACGUCAACUUCAUGAACACGGUCAUUGAAAAUGGUUAUGCCGAAGAAGUCCCAGCACUAAAUGAAGAAGAAGGCAACCAGCAAGUAUGGUACAUUCCACAUCAUGGGGUAUAUCACCCUAAGAAGCCUAACAAGAUACGAGUUGUCUUUGAUUGCUCCGCUGAGUUUCAAGGGGACUCUUUAAACAAGCAUCUCCUACAAGGACCGGACAUGACCAACAAUCUAACUGGCGUCCUGUGCAGAUUUCGAAAGGAGAACAUUGCUUUCAUGUGUGACGUCGAAGGGAUGUUCCACCAGGUGAAGGUUAACGAAGAAUGCAGAAACCUGUUACGCUUUCUCUGGUGGGAAAAUGGCGACACCUCCAAAGAACCCAAAGAGUAUCGGAUGACAGUACAUCUGUUUGGAGCCACAUCCUCACCAGGUUGCUCAAAUUUCGCCUUGAAGUCCACUGCCAACGACAAUGAGAAGGAAAUUGGUUCCGCGGCAGCUGACUUUGUCCGGGAUGACUUCUACGUAGACGACGGUCUUAAGUCCGUACCAUCCGUAGGCGAAGCCGUGAAGCUCAUCAAAGAUGUUAAAGAGAUGUGCAAGAGAGGGGGCUUCAACUUACACAAGUUCGUUUCCAACAACAAAGAAGUGAUCCACAGCAUACCAACUGAAGCCAGAGCUGAAGAUAUCAAGAAUCUGGACCUAGAUCAAGAUUUUCUGCCAGUGGAGCGUGCACUUGGAGUCCAAUGGUGCAUCGAAAACGACUCCUUUAACUUUCGGAUAACGCUGAAAGACAAGCCAUGUACCAAGAGAGGGAUACUAUCCACGGUCAGUUCCAUCUUUGACCCACUGGGAUUCGUCGCUCCUGUCCUUCUAGAAGGAAAGAAGAUUUUACAAGAAAUGUGCAAAGAAAACACUGGCUGGGAUGAUCCUGUACAAGACGCUGUAAAGGCAAGAUGGGAGAAGUGGAGAGCAGACCUUCAACACAUACAAGAUUUGUCGGUCCCAAGAUGCUACAAGCCUAAAGAAAUUGGUCACGUGAUCAAAGCAGAACUCCACCACUUCUCUGACGCGAGUAACAAGGGGUAUGGGCAAUGUUCAUACCUACGACUCACUGAUGACCAAUACAAGAUCCACUGCUCAUUUGUGAUCGGAAAGUCGAGAGUUACACCGCUCAAAACAGUCACUAUCCCGAGGCUCGAGCUCUCCGCAGCUGUGAUCUCUGUAAGGGUCAGCACUCAACUGGGAAAGGAACUACGCCUUGAAAAUGUCGAAGAAAUCUUCUGGACCGAUAGUAAAGUCAUUCUCGGUUACAUUUCAAACGAGUCACGAAGAUUCCACGUGUACGUUGCCAAUCGCGUUCAAGAAAUCCACGACAAGUCCUCUCCCAAACAAUGGAAGUACGUGGAGACCAAGUCAAAUCCUGCCGAUGAGGGAUCACGCGGUGUCUGUGCCCGAGAGAUAAUGAAUUCAAAGUGGAUCUGUGGCCCAGAGUUUCUAUGGAAGAGCGAAGACCAGUGGCCUGAUACUAUGAGAACUCAAGAAGAUGUUCGCUGUGAACCGCGUGAGCAAGAUCCUGAAGUCAAAGGUUCCGUUACCAUGGCAACAGUAUCCGCUCCCGAAGUUCCCUUAUACUUAACUGAACACAUAAAGUACUUCUCGGACUGGUUCUGUGCAAAGAGAUCUGUCGCGCUAUGCCUGCGUUACUUAAGAAAACUGAAGAAACGCUCACAAGAAAGAAGGACAUCGUCAGGCGACGAAAAUCCAGUAACUCACCGCAAAGAAGUAGGCAGCGAGAGUUACAUCCCUAUCACAGUGGAAGAGCUACAGUACGCAGAAGCUGUCAUCAUAAGGGCCGCCCAGGCAGCCAAAGUCACAGAGUUUUCCAAUCCAGUUUGGAGGCGUUCCUUUCGUAAAGUAAACCCUCAGAACGAAAAUGUUGGCGAAGUGGACUAG